CCCGCCUUAUCUUAUCGUCCGCGUCCCUUUAACAAAACCACCACUCUACUUUACUCUACUCUACCAUUUCCCAUCUCAACGUCCUCCCACUAACACGCCUCGACACGCGAUCAAAGCAUACAAACUUUAAGCUCUAUUUUGUUUAUACUUUCACUUCCCCCUCUCUCUCGUGCAUACAUAAAGAGUGCUUCAGCUUGCAAUGGAGCAAUCAGCUACAUCAUCCUCUACAUCAUCACCUACGAAGCGACGCGCCCUCGCUCCCUUGGAUUCUAACGCGCUUGCUGCACCAAAGAACUUAUUCAAGCCUGCAUUGGGUCACAGUCCUGUAAAGAUGGCUAUCGAGGGGAGGAAGAGGUUGCUUGAUAUUGAGGGCAGCGCGCCUGCUGCUAAGAAGGCGUGUCUGGGACGUGAUGAGGACGCGUCUGAGAGGAGUGCCAGUCCUGAUGCUAGCUCUGUCUUCGACACGUCUGCCAACGAUAAUUCAUGGGCUACUGCUGCAACCGAACAUGAUGCGGCUGCGGUUCCUACAACGGUACAACCCACACAGCAGACUACAACACUUACACGCCAACAAAUAAGACAAAGGGCAGAAACACUUCGUCUCCGUCUAUCCCUCGCAAACUACAAAGUCCGCACAGGCCAAACAACCGUGCCCCUCUCCGAACUACAGCAACGACCAUUACCCCGCGAGUCACCACGCGUCGUCCGCGUACAAAGCCCCGAGUCCGCCAGCGUGUCCAACCAAGAGGAAGAGACAGAGACAAGAUCGCGAAGAGACUCGAUAGAUUCACAGCAGACAGAGAUCAUGGAGGAGGAAGACGAGGAGCAAAGUUGAUGAGAUAUCGGGAUAUAAAAAAAGGGAAAGAUGGGAUGGUGUUGGGGAGUUCUUGAUGGCUUUCUUACUUUUAUGAGCGGGGCAUGGCGGGCAUGUGAAGCGAGAUAUGUACGAUGGAAAGGCAUUUGCUUGGAAAGCAUUAUUUGAUUUAACGAUCAUGGGCGGUAAUGAGACAUAAGUGUGUUCUCAUCUGGAUAAGAUUCAUCAGAGAUAUCCAAAGGCGUUAGAGAGGAGUUGCAUUGAACGGACUGGGGUUGCAAUGUCUGGAUA